CUCUCUGUGUCUGAGUUGAUGGAGAGAGGCAGGGAGGGAGGGCUGAAAGGGACUUCCAGCCCACCGCCGACUUCUCGGGAGUUUUCAGAGCUCGGUGGGAGAGAUGAGGAGCUGCUCUCUCCUUCAUGACGGAGUGAAGACGAAAAAGAAAAAUCAACGGAGAAUGGAGGAAAGACGUAGCCUCUUUGUUUUCACAGCCAUGAAAUGUUAGUCCUUUGAUGCUUGUUUUACUUUCAACUAAUUACGAGGUCCGAGCGUCCAGCGGUGAGUUGUCUCCAGGCUGCCAUGAACGAGAACUGCGACUGAAAAGAUUUAAAAGUCAGGGGAAGUCAGCUGAAGACACCAGACCCUUCUCUGCAAUGACCUUCAGUGACAGCAACCUUGGUGAUUUGAAGAUGAAUGUCAUACUCCUUCACUACAACCACACUGGAAAGCUGGACCACCGGCUGCUGAGCUCUGACACAAACUCUGGAACUUUUGAUAUCAAAAUCAUCAUCUUCCUCAUCAUUUGCAGCUUCAUCGUUCUGGAGAACCUCACCGUCCUGGUGGCCAUAUGGAGGAACCACAGGUUCCACAACCGGAUGUACUUCUUCAUUGGGAACCUGGCACUGUGUGACCUGCUGGCUGGAGUCUCCUACAUGGUCAACUUGCUCCUCUCCGGAGAUAAGACGUUUGGUCUCUCACCGACUCUGUGGUUUAUUAGAGAGGGCAGCACAUUUGUAGCACUCAGUGCCUCCAUCUUCAGUCUUUUGGCCAUCGCCAUAGAGAGACACCUGACUAUGAUCAAAAUGAGACCUUAUGAUGCCAACAAGAACUACAGAGUGUUUCUGCUUAUAGGGACCUGCUGGCUGAUUGCUGUGAUCCUGGGAGCUUUACCCAUCUUAGGUUGGAACUGCAUUGGCAACCUCCCAGACUGUUCCACAGUCCUGCCUCUUUACAGCAAGAAAUAUGUAGCUUUCUGCAUCACAGUUUUCAUAGUCCUGCUUUUAGCCAUGUCAGUCCUUUAUGCUCGCAUCUACAUUCUGGUAAAAUCCAGCAGCCGAAAGGUGAGUAAGCACAGCAACUCUGAGCACGCUAUGUCUCUUCUACGCACCGUCAUUAUUGUAGUCGGAGUCUUCAUCGCCUGCUGGACACCCCUCUUCAUCCUGCUCCUGGUGGAUGUGGCGUCUGACCAGCACUUUCCAGUCCUCUACAAGGCUGACUGGUUUAUAGCGCUGGCUGUGCUCAACUCUGCCAUGAACCCAGUCAUCUACACUCUGGCCAGUCGCGAGAUGAGACGGGCCUUCCUGGCUCUGGUUUGUGGCGUUUGCUACAAGAUGAAGGUGUCGGGGAAUGGCAGUGGGAACAGGCAGUCCCUUGAGCCCAGCCGGAGCAGGAGCAAAUCAUGGAGCAGUCAGAACAACCCGAACCAGAACCAGCAGAGGGGCCAGGAGACAGACACUGGAGCGAAUAGAGAGGAUGUUCAGCAGGGUGUUUAGAGUGAUGGGAACAACUAAGAGAAGAGUUUCAGAAAUCACACAAAAUGUGUAAAGAUGCUUGAGAAAUGAAGUCAGUUUAAGAUGAAGCAAAUCCAACAUGAAGAUUGGACUAUACAGUUGCUCCAGCGCAGAAGUUUCAGUUCAGUGACUGUUUACAUAUCUUAAGCAUCUGUAUUUGAGACCAGCACAGUUACUGAAUGCAAUCACAUUCAGUAACUGUGCUGGUCUCAAUAAUUGAUUGUUGUUACAGUCACUAACUGUGCUGGCAGGUUUUGCUUCCUUGUCAAGUCCCGAAAGAAUUCAAAUAUGUUCAAACGGGAUCAUUAAAAUUACAGGCAACUGUUUAGAAUAUUAAGAAAGACCAAUAUUAUUAACAGUGCAUUUCCAGAGAACAGGGCAGCUCAUUAGUAGAUAAGAUUUUAGUGAUCAGUAUUGUAACAUCUGAAUAAAUCGUGCCUCCAUUUUGCAACAUAUUUUAGAAAGUGCAAUUAGAGAUCCACAACAAACUGAAGCAUGAUUGUAGACAAUUAUUGUAGGAAUAAAACAGCUAACUGUAUUUAUUGAUGUAUGUGUUAUGCAUUUAUAUAUAUACAUAUUUACCAGUACCUUGAUUGUAGAUUCCUGAUUGAUAAAGAACAUGAGAAACUGCAUCUGUUACACCUAUUCUGCAUAAUGACGAAUGAGGACGCUAUUAUAAUGAUACCAGGGCUCCCUCUGCUGAUCAAGUGUAGUACUGCUACAAAUGCAGAUCUUAAUUGUUCUCAUGGUGGACGUUAGAGCUUGUGUAAAAAUGUAAAGCUGGCAAACCAAGUAUUUAAAAAAAUGUGGAUGCUGUACGCAAAAAAAAGAGUAUGCAAUAUAUUUUAGCCUAUUUAUGUGGUGCAAUAUAUCAUCUUUCAAACUCAAAAUAAAAUAAAAUAAAAAAAAAUUCAAUGUGGAGUCACUGAUGACAGACCAGUGACAAGUGCACAUAUUUUCUGAGAGCAUUAAUUUUCCCUGUUCUCUGUUUUCUUUGUGCAGUUCUCAGAUCAAAGCUGGAGUGAUUGUGUGGAACUUAAAAGUUAUCAACUUUCCAUUUCAAAGAAUUGAAAAAUGAGAAGUUUUGAUAUUUGCACUUGAAAUUAUUAGAUUUCCACAACAAUUUAGUUAUUGGCAAACAAAGCAUACAAAAUCAAUUAAAAUGACUCAACAGAACACAUUUUAUAAGUGUUACCUACAAAUAACUCCUUAAAUGGCAGCAAGUCUCUUAAGUCUUUUCAUUCCAUCAUGACAGGUCUCUUUAAUAAAUAGUAGGGACUUGACCGAAUCCUUCUUUGCUUCCUUUCCAGUGCCAAAGGAAGCAAAGAAGGAUUCAGUCAAGUCUCACAGAGCCACCAGCAUGCUUCUGUCCUGCAGGCAUGGAGUUUUUUAGUCAAUAAUUUAUUUUUCCUUCCUCUCAUAAACCACUGUUCCACAGUCUAGGUGUGAUUCAUUGCUCCUUAGAACUAGAUCACAAAACCCCUUUGGCCUAGUUACACAGUUGUGAGCAUAUUGGAUCAAACCUUUCUUGUACUUUUGUGUCAGUAAUGGGAUAUGUCCUGAAGUUGAGACAUGAAGCCCUUACUGUGGGAUCUUGGAAGAGCUCCUAACCUCAGUUGCUGCCAACAUGUUUUGCUGGAGGUCUUGUGCAGUUAGUUGGGGGCUUUUGGGUGCCCACUUCCUCAAGAAUCUCACAGCCACUGUUCAUUUAACAUUGAAAUCACUAACUAGCCUUCUAAUCUUAUCAAUUUGAACAUUCAAUACAUUUGCUAUGUGUUGUGUCACUUUCUUGCUUGUACAAGACAAUGAUUGCUUCAUUGAACUUCCGUGACAAUUGUUUUAAAUGAUCCACCUCUUUAACAUAAAAUCAAACGUUCCUGUCCUCAAUCCAGGUAUCUGAGGUACCUCCGUGUCCAGCACACCUGAUGCUACUAAUUAAGCCAUUGGGUUCCAGGCCAGAGACCACACCUAAAUAUAUGCCCUUCUGAAAAAUUCUACCUAAAGUUUUGACAAGUUUUGAGACAGCAAUAGUUUUUAAAAGUAGGAGUAAGUGUUGAAUCAGAAUUGGUUGUCAUUGAGUGUGACACAAACAAAUUGAGUCUUCCAUCCAUCCAACCAUUUUCUUUCACCCUUGUCCCUUGUGGGGUCGGGAGGGGUGC